UUGGUGAGUUUUUCCCGUCUUUCUCGUGCUGCGUUCAAGCACGAUGCAGGGACGGCAGGGGUUUGGAACUGGAUAGGCCUUGUCGCCCUGUUCCAAAGGGCAGGGCAGGUCCUGUCUGGGAGACAAGGAGGCCUAGGAAAGAUGAGGGCCAGGAAGCCUCCCCCACCUCCUUCCAUCAGGGGAAGGGCGAGCGAAAGGGGAGAGAAAACCCACGUUCAGGAGAGCAUGGGGGCGGGAGGGGGGGGGCGCUGCUUAUCCCAACUCGCGUAGUUGAAACCUGAGCAGAGGCUCGGGCAAGCCUGGAGUGACCUCGCAACCUUACAGCGGGUCGCAGGUGCCCGUUAUUCCUAGACUGUCCCAGGAGCCAGGAAAGAGAGAUUCGGAUCAUAUUUAACCCUAUCUUCUGGCUCGCUGAUGCUGCUUCUCUCAUGGUUUAUCACCGGAAUGGAAAGGAGGAAACGGGGAGUGGGGGAAAGGGCGAAGCCACCAGAAGCAGCUGCAGCAUUUUGCUGACUAUUCGCCCAUUGAGCCGGUUUGCCAUCCAGUGAUGCCAGGGUCCCGGCGCGACAGAAAGCAGGACUCCCAAGAUCUUCCUCCUGCUGCAUUUUAGGCACUGAACCCCAAUCCCGACCGUAUGUUAACACUGAAUUCUGAGUAGGAGUUUUGUUUUGGCAGUGUGACGACUGCGCAUGCUCGGAAAGGGGACGCAAGUCCGAGACCCCAAACGCGGUACAGACCAAACCGCAGGCCACGUUACGGAUCGGCUUACUCCGUGGAGUUGGCCUCAUUUCUGCAGUCGGCGCUCCCUGUAGUUUCUCCUCUCGAACGCCAGGUGGAGCAACCGGCCGGAUACCGCCACAGCCCUGGCAGGCGGCGCUGUGAUGCCUGAGCUGAUCCUGUAUGUUGCAAUCACUCUAUCCGUGGCUGAGCGACUCGUUGGCCCGGGUCACGCAUGCGUUGAGCCUUCCUUUCGCUCUUCCCGCUGCUCCGCCCCUCUCUGUCUUCUCUGCAGUGGGAGCAGCUCUCCUGCCACAGCUCCUCACCCCCUGAAAAUGUUCGCCUGCUCCAAGUUCGUCUCCACUCCCUCCUUGGUCAAGAGCACCUCACAGCUGCUGAGCCGUCCGCUAUCUGCAGUGGUGCUGAAACGACCGGAGAUACUGACAGAUGAGAGCCUCAGCAGCUUGGCAGUCUCACGUCCCCUUACCUCACUUGUCUCUAGCCGCAGCUUCCAAACCAGCGCCAUUUCAAGGGACAUCGACACAGCAGCCAAGUUCAUUGGAGCUGGGGCUGCCACAGUUGGGGUGGCUGGUUCUGGGGCUGGGAUUGGAACUGUGUUUGGGAGCCUCAUCAUUGGUUAUGCCAGGAACCCUUCUCUGAAGCAACAGCUCUUCUCCUACGCCAUUCUGGGCUUUGCCCUCUCGGAGGCCAUGGGGCUCUUUUGUCUGAUGGUAGCCUUUCUCAUCCUCUUCGCCAUGUGAAGCAGCCGUCUCCACCUCCCAUAGUUCUCCCGCGUCUGGUUGGCCCUGUGUGUUCCUUUUCCUAUACCUCCCCAGGCAGCCUGGGGAACGUGGUUGGCUCAGGGUUUGACAGAGAAAAGACAAAUAAAUACUGUAUUAAUAAGA